AUGGUCUGCAUCAAGUCCUUCAUCGUUCUCUCUGUCUUCUCCGCUGUUGCCGCGGCCCUGCCCGCCUUCCCCCAGCGCCGUGAGGUUCCCCAGGAGCACUCCCAUGAGGCCAUCUUGCGCACGGUUCGCACCACCCUGAACCUCAACAACCCUGACAAGAUUGUCGACCCCGUCUUCUCGCUGCUCGGAGAUGCUGCCGCGAAGCAGGGUGCUGGUUCCAUCACGGACCUUGCCUGCUUCCAGCAGGCCGUCGCCGACCAGGCGUUCACCAAUGCCAAGACCGCCGGCGAUUCCGCCAGCAUGAUCAACGCACUCAUGUUCCGCGCCGUUGAGCGUAACACCGGCGGCGUCGGUGUCAAGUCCGCGCUCUGCACACAGACCGCGAAGAACCCCGAGGUCGCUGCGAUCACCCAGCACCAGGACCCCGCGUCUGACGGUGCCGCCGCGACAAACAAGGCGAUUGUUCUCGCUCUCGCGAAGGAAAUCGCCAAGCUCGGCGGUGACCCCCAGCUCGCGCUUCAGACCGGUACCUUCGCCCCCGGCUCCAAGAGCGACAACACCGGCAAGGGCAACAGUUGUGACGAUGCGAACGACGCCACCGGCUGCAUUAUCUCCCAGAAACUCCUCGUCGAGGAUGCCACUGCUGCUGAGAUCAACGCUGCCGUGGCCGGCAUUUCUGGCAGCACUGGCAGCGGUACCGCGACGUCGACCGACUGUGCGGACGCGACGGUCACGGUCACAGUGACCCCUACGGUUACCGCCACUGUUGACACGGCCGCGACGUGCGCUCCCCCCAGCUCAACAGUCGUCGUCACCGUGACGGCGGCUCCGACCGCGCGUCGCUAA